ACAUUUGCAUUUGAAGAACCAGAUUUCCAGUCAAUUGUAGAGAAACCUGAAGAAAGUCAAUUGCGGCCUUAAUCAUCAAACGCCACAGCUUAUUAUUCAUGGAAACCAAUAAAGAAUAACCAUCACAUGCAUACAACCAUACACACAUAAUCAUCAUGAGCGAAACCUUGGAACAGAAUGGCUCGGGCCUAUUCAGCCUCCCAUGGGAAAUCAGAGAGAAAAUCUACGAGUACUACCUGCCGUUCGACCACGAUGACUUUGGCGACACAGUCCGGCCGCUGCACGUCUACUUCGAGCAAGGGGAAUACAAGAAACCCCUGCCGCCGCUCAUGCUAACAUGCAAACGCGUCUAUCGUGAGCUCCACCAGCCCGUCCACGCCGACGCCAUUAUGCGCGUGCACUCCCACGGCUACGGCGACCGGCGCAUCGGCUUCGCCGUCCACGGGACCCUGCGCUUCGAGCGCCUGCGCCGGCUGUACGUCCUCAUCGCCAUGGAGUACCCCAACUGGAACCGGUGGCUGGCCAUAUUCGCCGAGGUGGCGCGGCGGGCGAAGGACCUCACGGAGCUUGUUGUGGAUUGGGAGCCGAGGCCGGGGCCGCCGAACCCCAAAGUGUGGGAGGCCAAGUUGACGGAGAAGAAGCACGAUGAGUUCUUUGGGGUGUUGGCGGCGUUGAAGGGGUUGGAGGUUGUGAGGUUCCAUGGGGAGAUGCCUGAGGGGUGGAGGGAGAGGUUUGAGAAGGAGGUUGAUGCGAGGCUUGUGUGUUAUCGGUUUAAGUGGUGGAAGGAGACUGGGUUGGAAUGAGAUGGGAGUGCUGGACAAGUUGGGUAUAAAACAAGGCGUCCGAGGAGUUUGAAAUAAUGAUGCUAUACAGAUGCCAUUGCAAGACUGAUAGGGCUUGGUUCGGAUGGCAUGAGGAGGAAGAAUCCGAUCAAAGAACGGCGGUCUGCUGAGUACAUGUUUCUACAGAACAUCUUGACCAUAAGAGGCAUCAAGGUAGAAAGAAACCACCUGAGGUCAUAAUACACCACGCUUUCCUUCAAGACAUCCGCAUGUGACACACAUCUUCACAC